UCGAGAUUUACCACAGUCGCGUCUGAUAUCUCGUUACUACUCAAACGCUGCUAGAUUUCGCCUUACUUACUAUUCUAAUAUUUAGUUGAUAAGGGCAAAAGCAUUUCGAUUGUUUCGAAUUUGUUGUUUUUUUGUUUUAUUUUUUUUGGUGCUCGGAAUUUAAAACUUAACAGCAAUGUUUAACAAUGGCUUUACGCGUUCAGCAGCUGUGCUGAAAGGACUUUUAGUUGUUCUUGCGUGUGUGAGUGGCGCUCAAUGCUUAGACUACUACACAGAGAAACCUUCUUAUAUGCAGACAUGCCGCAUAAAUGAUCCGGAAUUCGUCAAGUGCUCGACUACCAGUAUACAAAAGUUAAUGGAUCAGUUAGGCAAAGGCAUUCCUGAGGUCAAUGCAGUAAUCGGCCCAUUUGAUCCAUUGAAAGUUAAGGAAAUACAAUUUGCACAGGAUAAUCAAGGCGCAGUGACAUUGCACGCCAACUUAACCGAAAUGGUGGCUAUUGGGCUAUCAAAAUUAGUCAUAAAGGAAAGCAAAGUGAGCAAAAAGGACUAUAGCUGGGAGACGAAAAUUUACAUACCAAAGCUGCGUUUGGAAGGCCAGUAUAAAAUGGCAGGAAAAAUACUGCUAAUACCACUAAACGGAGCCGGGCAUAUGUUUAUCGAAAUAGAAAAACUGAACAUUCUCAUGCGCACCAAAACUCGUCUCUACGAAAAAGGCGAUUUCACUUUCUACAAUGUCACCAAGAUACGCAUGGAUCUGACUCCAGGUGGUGUGAAAACGAAUUUCGAGAAUAUUUUCAAUGGCAAUAGCAAAGAGGUGGAGCGCAGCACAAAUCUGUUUUUCAAUGAAAAUUGGCGAGAAUUCUUUGAAGCGUUGCGACCGCUAAUAACAGAAACUGUGGAGACUACUUUAUUGGAUAUAUUGCAAAAGAUCUUCCAUUUAAUACCGGCUAAUUUCUUCGUUGAAGACAUACCAAAAUCGACGGAAUUGUAUGCGAAAGGGAAGGCAAACUGAGUUGAGAGGCAUUAAAUAAGUGUGAAUUUUACAAUAAAAAAAUAAAUAAAUCUCAACAAAAUUAUUA